UGGCAUCCUUGGAACAACCUACUAUGGGCAUCUGCCUGGACACUGAUCAACAAAAUGGAUCGCAGGUGUUCGAGGAGGCUGAUGCUCGAAGUGCAGGAAAAUGGAGAGGAGAGGCUGGCCUGUUAUCAACCCCUCCUAACGGACAUUUUCCACAACAGAACGUUGGACCAGUUAAAUUCGAAAUUCCAAAAGUGCCUGUUAUAUUUGUACUUGGUGGUCCCGGUAGUGGAAAGGUGACACAUUGUGAUAAUUUGAUGCAAGAGAAAAAAGGCAUAACGCAUAUCAAUAUGAUGGACCUUCUGCAACAGUAUGCGUUAGGGAACGAUAUGCAAGAUUUUGGGCAGCUUAGCAGUAAAACUGUUGCGGAGGUUCUUAUGCUCGAAAUUAAAAUGUCUCCAGGUUCAAAAGUCUUUCUAGUCAGUGGUUAUCCACGUAAUAUGCGCGAUGUAGUUGAAUAUGCUGAAAAAAUAAAAAUUGUGAAUGGUGUGAUUCUUGUGUCCUGGAGGCAAGAGAUUCUCGAAAGGCAAAUUGACUUUGGUGCACAGCUUGGACAAGUAGUGAUCGAGCUAGCGAGAAUGGAACUCUAUAAUUUUUAUAGAAACGUUAUGCCUGUUGCGGAAUAUUUCGAUCAAAGUGGAAUGUUAUUAGAGGUGAACGGAGAAAGAAAUCCGAACGAGGUUUAUAUCGAUUUUCGUGAAGCGGUUUUCAAGAUUCUCGGCCUGUCAGGCGGUGAAGUGCGAGAGAAAAAUGUUCCUCAGUCUUUAGAAGCAGAAGUAGAAGUCGAAAGGAGAAAAGAAUCCAUUCCGAAAUCGUCGCCCCUUAAGAAAGAGAUAGUGACUGAGAUGAUGCAGAUACCUGUCAUGGUGAACAUACAGCCUAUGAAAACCGCAAAUAAACCUAGAAAAGGAUUACCCGCGUUCAUCUGGGUUAUAGGUGGCCCAGGGAGCAACAAAGAAAGUCUAUGCACUCAAGCAGUUCACAACAUGCCUGGUUGGGUUCAUGUAAACAUAGGCGAGCUACUCAGAGCAAUGACAUCAUCGAACACUAUUGUUAAGGAAGCUAUUGUCAGUGGAGAAAUGGUCCCGCAGGACAUAGUGAUGCAAGUAGUGGAGCAACAAAUCAUACAAAAUCGUGAUACGGAUGGCGUAGUAAUAGAUGGUUAUCCGAGGGACUCAAAUCAAGUACAAGAGUUUGAAAAUAAGUUCGGUCAGCAACCACCGUUGGUACUACUAGACUGCUCAAAAUUACAACUUGGUAGGGGAAGAUUAGAUGAUAGCGUUUCCGCAUUCAGGAAAAGAUUGGAACUCUUCCGCGAAGUAUCGCUGCCUAUGUUGAAAUCUCUGGAUAAUGAAAAUCGCCUGACUAUUAUCGAUGGCGACACGGACGUACCAAGUGUACAACAAGAAUUCGCGGCUGCACUUUAUCAAUUAAUGACGCAAACGCGACGCAAGGGAGAAAAUGAUUCACAUAGUCCUGAACCACCGAUAGUACAAGAAAACGGAAAUAACACGAACUCAAAUCCAAUCAUUACUAAUGACACGAACCAAACGAUCAUUCAAAAUGGUGUUUCUAGGCAGAUAAUCGACGGUAAAAUGAAUAUAGAAAAAGCGAUUAAUGAUUCGAAGAAUAUGAACGGAAUAAGCUUACAAGGCGCAGUAAAAAUCGCGAAUGGAUUAAAGAACAAUGCGAGGCAGAUUCAAAAGAAUGGUACUGCUCGUAUACAAAAUGGUAUUGCUAACGGCACAACACACCUGCUACAAAAUGGUGCAGCGCAUUUGGCCAACGGCAUCGUAGCAGGUAGCAAUAAAGUUGCACCAGCAGUGCAAAAUUAUCUGCCAAACAAUACGAAGGACGCUAUCAGGAAAAUGUACAACGAAGUCGAAGGUUAUCAACAGAAUUUACACAUGUAA